AGCAAGUCUCUAAUGCUCAAGUCUGCUUAUGCCUCUUUCAACGAUGGGGCUCGGAAUGGGCGUGGCCUGCGCAGCACGGAGCGCCUGCGCAGUAGUCAGUGGUACAGCCCUGAGGAGCUAAGCUCUUUCGGCGAUGGCGUCGCCAGUGUGCGGCCCGAGUCGGUGCUUUCAGCGCCAGAUUCGGUGGCUGAAAGCUCGGCAACUCAGGGCCUGUCCUUCUAUGGAAAGGGACCAUCCUUGGCCAAGUUCAGCCCUCCCAGCCGCCGUCCAGAGCGGCGGGAUGCCAGCAACAUGUUUCGCGACAAAGAGCGCGAGAGGGAGUUGUCUGAACAGGUCGCUGCCGGGCAGAACGUCUUCGUCAUGCCCAAAAGGCCCCCCCGAAGCAACGAGUGCUACGCGCUGGACAAAGAUCUCUCCGGCGCCGGCAGCCCGAGCGAUGCCUUGGACCUGGCGAUGGCCAAAGCCGAAGUGAUGGAUGCGCCGAAUUGGGCGAACCUCUUGUGCUUUCGACCGAUUUCCGAAACGGGGACAUAGAUAUAUGACAAUCAACAUAUAUGGUUCAUUAUGUGCAUAGAUCGUCCCCUCACUCUCUAAAGUAGGGCCAGGUCAGGGGUGGAUUCCGACGACGAGGUGGCAGAAACCUGGUUCACCGUGAGGAUUGGAGCCGAGCCGACAGGUCUCCUAGUCACAAGAGCAACAGGGUCAACCUGUUGAGUCUCACAUCGUCGUUGGGUUGGUCCCCCAAGGCUUGCCAUCCUACCGAACCUGCCUUCGCACUCGGGGGCGUCGAUGAGGUAUGCAUUGGCUCACUGGAAGAAGAAGGGAGGACAUCAUUUAGCUGCAUCUUUGCGAUCCGAUUCCCGAUGGUCCAGGAGUCUUCAGCGGCUCCAGGCGUCUUUGCAGGACCUCACGGCACGAGAUGCUGCCAACGUCGUCUGGUCUUUAGCCACCUUGGAGGCCAAGCAGGAACCGUUGUUUUUGGAAACGGCGGAUGCAUUGUGCGGGAAGUUGGCGGUAUGCGACCCCGUGAGCAUCUCCAAAGCUGCAUGGGCUUUGACCAGCAUUCCCAACCGUGAUCGGCGCUUGGAACUCUACUCAAAGCUGGCAGUGCCAGUGGUCAUGCGCGCAGAUUCCUUCCCUUUGGGAUCCCUCACCAUGAUUUGCUACUCCUUCGGCAAAGCUGACUUCCGGGAGGGCGACGCUUAUGAAGCUUUGUCCUCGGCGCUGAUUGGGCACAUGAACAACUCCCUGCGUCCCAUCGACGUGUGCAACGUGAUUUGGUCCUUCUGCACAGUGGGCUACCGGGAUGACGUGCUGUUCACCAAGAUUUGCGAGAUGUAUUUGACCAAGGAGGAGAUGGUCAGGGACUUCAAUCCCCAGGAUCUCACGAACACCACGUGGGGCUUUUGCAAGGUUGGCUUUUGCCACAGGGAAGCCAUGGAGACCUUAGCCUUUGAGUGUCACCGGCAACGGGAUCGCUUUGAUCCGAUCCACUUCUCAAACCUCCUCUACUCCUUUGCGAUGCUCAGAAUACCAGGCCCUCCGAGUUUGCUGGCAGAGGUGGCGUCCACGGCUUCGCAGCAGGUGGCACGCUUUGAUGCGGGGAACCUGGCGAUUGCAUGUUGGGCACUGGCUGCGCUGGGUAUGAGUGAGCACCCCUUCUUGGACUGUGCACUGGAGCGUGUCAUCGGCUCAUCACAGGUCUGUAGCAACUUGGGCAGCCGAGCACUUUCGAUGUUGGCUUUAGCCUGUUUCCGCACGGCUCGUCCCGGGCGUUUGGAUCAGCUGCUGGACGCGACGCGGCUGUGCGGUUUGGGUGUGGGUGCUUCAGGGUACUCUGCAGCGGUGAUGGCCGCCGAACAAGGGAAGGAUCAAGAGCGUGAGCUACGGAUCUUGAGGCAGAUGGCAGCAGAGGCCCGGGACGUGCGAAUGCAGGCGGCGGUGUGCAACUCCUUGGCUCUUCGUUUGUGGAAGCGAGGCGACACAGCGGGCGCCUUCGCGGUGCUACGGGGCCUUAAGGAAUCCAGUCCACACAGCUGGUCGGUGGUCUCCUCCUUGUUGGUGGCACGCCUGGGCACCGAACUGGGUGCCUUGGCAGAAGCCUCCGAGUUGCUGGGUGGUGAUGGUGCCGCCUUAGAUGCCGCAUGGGAAGCGCCGGUGCUCAGCGGCAUUCAUCCCAUGGCAGCAACCAGACAAAAUGAAGGUGCGCAUGCCUACACCCGCGAGUUCAUGACGCUGCACGCCGUGCUGUGCGGUGCACCACCCGGUGACCCGGACGCUGCGAUGGCCGCGAUCGAGCGCUUCGCAGAGAGCCGCUCGCUGUGGCUGAAGAUCACCGCCUGGGAGAAGGGCGUGGUGGUUCAGGAGGUGGCCCGUUGGGCCCAGCCUCGUUUAACCGUCGAGAUCGGCGCCUACGUGGGCUAUUCGGCCAUGAACGUGGCCCGCACGGUGCGUUCGCACGGCGGCCGCGUGGCGAGCUUGGAAGUGGAUCCGUUGCACGUGACGCUGGUGCGGAACAUGCUGGAGUAUGCUGGCCUGUCCGACGUGGUGGAUGUUUGGACAGGCUACUCUUUCGACAGUAUACCUCAUUUACUGAAGACCUAUGGGCCGCGCUCGGUGGACAUGGUUUUCAUGGAUCAGAAGGGCACGCGCUUCCACAGCGAUUUGGCACUGAUGGAAGAAUUGGAUUUGCUGUCGGACCGUGCAGUGAUCCUUGCAGAUAACGUGCUAAAACCUGGAGCACCGCUCUACAUUUGGCACUUGGCCAAGGGCAGUUACCACCACUGCACGGCCAUUAGCGUGAGGGAGUUUCUCCUCCAAUCCGAGGACUGGAUGGUCAUGGCCUUCCGGGAUGCUUCGAAGCCACCGGCACCCACACCACCGCCCGAGCUGCACCGCUUGGCCUUUGAGUCGGAUCACUUCCGGAAGAAGUCCAUGUUUGAUGGGGUGGCGCCCAGCAAGUCUGAUUGGUGGAAGUUCUCCCAGGGCUUCGUGACGGGUUUGGAGCUGUGUGGGUGCAAACCGCGGAUCGUAGGCCUCCACGGCCGGGACAACCCCAAGAUCACGCCGGAGGAUGUGGCAAGGAUCUUCCGCACUGCGGCGGAAGAGCGGGGAGGCGAAGAUGAUGAGGUUCUGAGAGGACGUGGCGCUCAGAGGACGUGGCCAUCGUGA